UUAAAGAACACACUGCAAAGAAGCCUGAACCACUUUCUGUUCUACAAGCCACUAGCAAUGGAGCAGAUGAAGGGAUCAGCCGUGAUUCUGCUGGAGGUGCUAAUUCUGAGUGGGCUGAGAGCAGGAAAGGGCUCUGCUGUCCUGGGCACCUUGGAUCUACAAAUAGACGAGGAGCAGCCAGCUGGCACCAUCAUUGGGGACAUCAGUGCUGGCCUGCCUCCUGGCACCACUGCCUACAUGUAUUUUAUCUCAGCACAGGAGGGCAGUGGUGUUACCACUGAUCUGGAGAUAGAUGAGAACACAGGUAUCAUCAAAACAGCCCGUGUCUUGGACCGAGAAACCCGAGACCGAUACAGCUUCAUUGCUGUUACCCCAGAGGGCAUCACAGUAGAAGUGAACAUCCAAGUUAAUGACAUCAACGACCAUGCUCCAGCCUUUCCCAAACAGCACAGCACUUUCCAAAUCCCAGAGCAUACACCUAUAGGAAGUAGGUUCCCAUUGGACCCAGCCUUUGAUGCUGACAGUGGCCUGCUCAAUACCCAAGGCUAUGUGAUUAAGGGAGAGAAUGUGGGGCAGGCCUUCCGCCUGGAAACACGUCGAGGACCUAAUGGGAUCCUGUAUUUGGACCUGGUAGUCAGCAACAUCUUGGAUAGGGAGAACCGUUCAUCAUAUUCUCUAGUGCUGGAAGCCUAUGAUGGUGGCUCUCCUCCUCGGAGCACUCAGAUGACACUGGAUGUGUCUAUCCAGGACAUAAAUGACAAUGCUCCUACCUUCAACCAGAGCCGCUAUCAUACACUCAUUUCAGAGAACCUGAAGCCUGGCAGUAGCAUACUACAAGUCUUUGCCUCUGAUGCAGAUGAAGGUGACAAUGGGGAUGUGGUUUAUGAGAUCAACCGUCGGCAGAGCGAUCCUGACCAGUACUUCACCAUUGACUCCCGGACUGGAGUCAUCAAGCUCAACAAGGGUCUAGACUACGAAGUAAGGAAGGUGCAUGAGCUAGUGGUGCAGGCACGGGAUAAGGCUGUCCAUCCUGAGAUCACCACAGCCUUUGUCACCAUUCAUGUACGUGACUACAAUGACAACCAGCCCACCAUGACCAUCAUCUUCCUCAGUGAAGAUGGGUCUCCUCAGAUCUCUGAGGGAGCCCAGCCAGGCCAGUAUGUGGCACGCAUCUCUGUUUCAGACCCAGACUAUGGUGAGUACUCCAAUGUCAAUGUCACCCUGGAGGGAGGGGAUGGCAAGUUUGCCCUUACUACCAAGGACAACAUCAUUUACCUGAUCUGUGUAGACCAACUUCUGGAUCGGGAAGAAAGAGACUCCUAUGAUUUGCGGGUGACAGCCACUGACUCAGGAACACCACCGCUCCGGGCAGAAUCAGCCUUUGUGCUGCAAGUGAUGGAUAUUAAUGACAAUCCUCCACUCUUUGACCAGCAGGAAUACAAACAGAGCAUUCCUGAGGUUGUGUAUCCGGGCAGCUUUGUACUGCAGGUGACAGCUCGUGACAAGGACCAGGGUCCUAAUGGGGAAGUGCGUUACAGUAUUGUACAUGACCGUGACACCCACUCCAGCUGGUUUGCCAUUGACCCAGCCACAGGUAUCAUUACUACUGCUGCCCCACUGGAUUAUGAGAAGGAUCCUCAGCCCCAGCUGACAGUGCUGGCCAUGGACAGGGGAACCCCUGCCCUCUCUUCCUCAGCUGUGGUGCAUGUGGCUCUGCAGGAUGUCAAUGACAAUGAGCCAGUGUUCAAGAGUAACUUCUACAAUGUGUCCCUGAAGGAGAACAUCCCCACUGGGACCUGCUUUCUACAGGUGACAGCCACAGAUGCGGACAGCGGCCCGUUUGGCACCUUAUCCUACUCCAUCGGCUCUGGCAUUGGCAGCAUUGUCCCCACGCAGUUCAGCAUCGAUGAGAGCACGGGGCAGCUGUGUACUGUGCAGCCCCUGGACCGUGAUGAGGGCACAUCUGCCUACGACUUCACCAUUACCGCUGUUGACGGGGGCGGCCUGAACUCCAUGGUGUACGUGAAGGUUUUUCUGGAGGAUGUGAAUGACAACCAGCCAGUGUUUUACCCCUUGGACUAUGCGGUCAGCAUCAGCACGCAGAGCAUGCCAGGCACUGCUGUGCUGCGUGUCACCGCUCAUGAUAAGGAUGAGGGGCUGCAUGGGAAAGUGACCUACCGCAUUGUCCAGGGUAACACCCCUCCGCUCUUCUCCCUUAACAAAGACACAGGUGUCAUCUCCCUCUCAUGGUCCUUGAGUGGCAAAGCCAACACGCUGGUGCAACUAGUGAUCUCUGCACGAGAUGGUGGAGGCCUGCAGGCACAGACGAAUGCCCGAGUGAACAUCAGCAUUGUGGAGGGCACAGUCUCACCUCCUGUCUUCGAACAAGCUCAGUACUUCUUCACAGUGCCUGAGGACAUGCUGCCAGGUGCCAGCGUGGGAGCUGUUCAGGCCCAGAACCCUCCAGGUCAUGCUGAUGACAUCUUUUAUUCCAUCUCUUCGGGGGAUCCUCAUGGCUAUUUUUCCAUUGACUCUGGCUCAGGGCAACUCCGCACUAGUCUGCCUCUUGAUCAUGAGACCCAGGCUGUCCUCAUCCUGGAUAUCCAGGCCCGGAGUGGUUCACCCCCUGCCUAUAGCAAUACACAUGUGAAAAUUUCUGUGUCGGACGUGAAUGACAAUGCGCCAGUGUUUCCAGCCCCCUCUGACUCUAUCUUGCUGCCAGAGGCCACAGAGCCUGGGAGCACGGUGUACACUUUGCAAGCCGAGGACCGGGACAGCGGUGCCAAUGGUCAGGUGCAUUUUGAGCUGGUUUCAGGAGGAGAUGGCAUCUUCAGCGUGGAGCGCUCCUCAGGGGCAGUGCGACUGAUGGGGGCCCUGCAGUAUGAAGCCAGUGCUGCCUAUGGGCUGGCCAUUGUGGCCCGGGAUGGUGGUGUUCCCCAGCUCAGCUCCACCUUCACUCUGCUGGUGCACGUGCAGGCCGAACACGACAACGGGCCCAUCUUUGACACACUCACCUACCGCGUGGAGGUGCGGGAGGGGGUGCCUGUCUCCACGCGCUUCCUGCAGGUGCGGGCCCUAGCGCGCGAUGUGGAAGCCACGACCCUGAUCUACCACUUGCGCGCUGAUGGGGAUGCUGCCAGCUUUGGCAUCAUGCCCGAGAGCGGUUGGCUCUAUGUCAAAAGCGCGUUGGACCGGGAGAUGCGGGACCUGUAUGUGCUCACGGUGCUGGCCUCGGCAGGAGGAAGUAGUGCAAGCGGGGAAGCCCGGAAAACAGGCACCAGCACGGUACGGAUCAGCGUCACUGAUGAGAAUGACAACAGCCCCCGGCUGAGCGAGGAACGCUACUUCUUCACCAUCCCUGAGAACCAGGCACCUGGUAGCAGUGUUGGCAGGGUGAUGGCAAGUGACCGGGAUGCCGGACAGAACAGUCGGCUCACCUACCGCCUGCUCCAGCAUGACCCCAACUUCCUUAUCCAUACGCAGACAGGAGAACUCAGCACGAAACACAGCCUGGACCGGGAGCAGCAGUCUGGCUACCAGCUGUUGGUGAUCGUGCAGGAUGGGGGCGCACCACCCCGCAGUGCCACCGGAACCAUCUAUGUCACGGUGCUGGAUGAGAAUGACAAUGCCCCUAUGUUCAUUCAUGUGGCCAGUGGUCAGGAGCUGCCGGUGCAGGUGCUGGAAGAGAAGCCGUCUGGACUUCUAGUAGCUUCCCUGCAGGCCAAGGACCCAGACGAGGGUGAAAAUGGGACCAUCAUCUACUCACUGACAGGAGCCUGGGCCGAGCGUUUCACAUUGCACAUGGCAACAGGAGAGCUGCGUACCGCCACGGUGCUCCGCCGACCUGAUCGUGCUGAGUAUGUCUUCACUGUGACAGCCAGCGACCGGGGCGCCGUGCCGUGCAGUACCUCAGCCAUCGUCCGCAUUCAGGUGCUGCCAUCUUCCCGGGUGCUGCCUCGGCCUGAUGCCACCGUGCUGACCCUGCACCCUCUUGAGGGGGUCAAGCCCGGGUCUGUGAUCGGCUCUGUGGCUCCCCCAGAUGCUCCUGCACGGGGACAGCUGACAUACACAGUGGUAGGAGGUGGUGGGGAUGGCACGUUUGUGGUCAACAGUGUGACAGGGGAGAUCUUUGCAGCCCGGGAGCUGGACUAUGAGGUCAGGGCCCGGCACACACUGCAGGUGAGCGCUGAGGACAUGCAGCAUGGCUAUCCCUCCAGCCGGCUGGUGCUGGUACAGAUCCAUGUACAGGACUGCAACGACCAGACGCCCACAUUCCCUGAAGACCCCAUCACCAUCGUGGUGCCUGAGAACACACCGGCUGGAUCAUCCAUCUUCACCUUCCAGGCGCUGGAUGGGGAUGGAGUGGGUCCUAAUAGCCAGGUGCGCUAUGCUCUGCUGCGUCAGGAGCCCCCUGGGGCCCCCUUUCAGCUGGACAGCCGCUCGGGGCUGCUGACCCUGCACCAGGGCCUCGACCGCGAGGCCACUGCCUCCUUCCUCCUGGUGGUGGAGGCCACAGAUCAGGCCCGCAAUGUCAGUCAGCGCCGCUCAGCGGCUGUGACGGCCCGUGUGUUUGUGACCGAUGAGAAUGACAACACGCCUGUGUUCCUCUCACCCGCUGCUGUCAGUGUUGUGGAGGACCAGCCAACGGGCUUUGUGGCUCUGCAUGUGGUGGCCCAGGAUGAUGAUCUGGGAGAGAAUGGGCGUGUGAGCUACUCAUUGCGAGCAGGCAACAGUGAUGGCCGCUUCCACCUGAAUCCCAGCACUGGUGCACUCUCCAUCAUGCGGGCUCUCAACCGGGAGGAGGUGGCGCAGCACAACCUCUGUGUCCUGGAUGUCAACGACGAGGCUCCUGUUUUUGAGAGACUUGAGUACGAGGCUCACAUCAUGGAGAACUUGCCAGCAGGCAGCCCUGUGCUGCAGGUGCUGGCCACGGACCAGGACCUGGGUGCCAAUGGGCAGGUGUCCUACGGAGGUCUCUCUGGAGGGCCGUUCUCUAUCCACCCACAGACAGGGCUUAUUGUUACCACCCAAGUGCUGGACCGCGAGGAGCAGGAGCAGCACGUAGUGACAGUUUAUGCCCGGGAUGGCGGCCUGCCUCCCAACUUCUCCAAGGCAACUGUGCGGAUCACAGUAGGGGAUGAGAAUGACCAUGCACCAUACCUGGAGAGUGAGUCCUGCUCCCUCGAGGUUCCUGAGAACCAGAGUCGCGUGGCACUAUACACCCUGAGGGCCACUGAUCCUGAUGGAGGUGACAACGGGCGCCUGGAGUACCGCGUGGCAGAUGGAGACCCUGGGCAGGAUUUCAGCCUAGACCCUGUCUCUGGCAUCCUCUCCACUGCACGUGCUCUUGACCGGGAGCAAGUUGCUUCAUAUAGUCUCACGGUGGUGGUGCAAGACCAUGGCACCCCUCCACGCAGUGCUACCAUGUCUGUGCGUGUGCGGGUGUUGGACAUAAAUGACAACGCACCUAGUUUUGCUCAGGCCACCUAUACAGUGGAGGUGCCAGAAGAUCUUCCCGUUGGCACCCUGGUGUUGCAGCUGGUGGCUCAGGAUCCUGACGAGGGCACUAACGGGCAAGUCACCUACUACCUGGGCAAUGAGUCAUUGGGUAUGUUCCAGGUGGAGCCACAGAGCGGGCGCAUCACGAGUGCCCAUGCCAUGGACCGGGAACGCCAUGCCAGCUACAGUUUCCUGGCCAAAGCUGUGGACUCAGCACCAUGGGAGCCCAAGAGCGCGGCCAUGCGCAUCACGGUCAUAGUGCAGGAUGUCAAUGACCAUGCCCCUGCCUUCCUGCACAGCCCACUCACUGUCAACCUGUCCCGUCACACACCUCUCAAGCAGGUUGUGGCCACCAUGAGGGCAGAGGACAGGGACGCAGGUGCCAAUGCCUCCAUCCUGUACCGUCUUGCCACCCCCAACCCUGCCUUUGCCAUCAACUCCUACACAGCCACGGACCUGGGGCAACCAGCACUCUCCUCCACCGGUGUGGUGGUGAUCCACUUGCAGGAAGAGCCCUACCGAGGGCUGCGCUUUCCCCGGAGCACCAGUGAAGUGGCUCUGCUGGAGAAUGCUGCCCCAGGCACAGAGGUGGUGAGCAUCCAAGCUACGCACACGGACGGCUCGUCUGGGCGCAUCACAUACAGCAUCGUCAGUGGCAACGAGAAGAAAGCUUUCCUUAUCCAGCCCAAUUCAGGUGCCAUCUCAGUUCAGGACUCCAGCAGCCUGGAUUUUGAGGCCAGCCCUCGCCUGCGCCUCGUGGUCCAGGCAGAGACAACAGCUUCCUUUGGCUUUAUGGCCAUAAACCUUAACCUGCAAGAUGUCAAUGACAACCUGCCACGCUUCCAGCUGCAGAACUACGUGGCGUUCAUCUGGGAGUCACAGAGCUAUGACUCCCCAGUCAUCCAGGUCCUGGCAGAUGAUUUGGAUCAGGGAGCGAAUGGACAGGUGACUUAUGCCAUCAAUCAGUCCUUGCCAAUGACCGGCUUGUACCACAUCGAUCCUCAGACUGGCACCAUCACCACAGCUGCCAUCCUGGACAGGGAGAUCUGGUCCCAGACCCGUUUGGUGGUAACAGCGAUGGACAGAGGGAUACCGCCUCUUGUGGGCUCUGCCACACUGACUGUUGUGGUGAUGGACGUCAACGACAACAGCCCCACCAUCCCCUUACCCUGGGAGGUGCGAGUCCCGGAGAACACACUGCUGGGCACCCAGAUAGCUCAGCUGACAGGGAACGACGUGGACUCGGGCCCCGCUCUCUCCUACAUGCUGGUGUUGGACAGUGAUGCCACAGGCAUGUUCAGCGUGCUGCGGUACGGGGGACACGUCGCCCUGACAGGACCACUGGACUACGAGCAGUGCAGCCACUACACCCUCACCCUGCGUGCCUCUGACACCCGCCAUGAGACCGAGGCAAACCUCACCAUCGUCGUGGAGGACGUGAAUGACAAUGCGCCGACCUUCAGCCAGGGCUUCUACCAGGUGAUGCUGCCGGAGCACACACCCGCUGGCAGCGCCAUUCUCACCGUCAGUGCCACCGACCCAGACUCGGGCAGCAACGGAGAUGUCACCUACCACUUGGCCGUGCCCAGCCCUGACAUCGCUAUCGAUCCCAGCAAUGGGACCCUGUUCACCAUCCAGCGGGUGGAGUUCGACACCAGCCAGCCCACCUUGGACCUGGUGGUGGAGGCCCGUGACCAUGGCUCUCCCAGCCUAUCAGCCUGGGCCACGGUGCAGCUCCAGCUGCUGGAUGUGAAUGACCACAGCCCCAGCUUCAAGGCACCACGCUACAACGCCAGCGUUCCUGAGGACCUGCGCCCGGGAACCACGGUGCUGACGCUGGAGGCGGGUGAUGCAGACCUCUCCCGGGAGAACGCAGGCUUUGACUACACCAUCGUCAGCGGCAACAACGGCAAUGCCUUCCAGGUGGAGAGUCGGGUGGCCUGGGCUGGGGGUCAGCUCCAUACGCAGGGUGCCUUGGUGCUCGUGGAGCCCUUGGACUUCGAGGCCAUCUCUUUCUACAACCUCACUGUGGCGGCCUCUGACCGCGGGCUGCCACAGCGCAGCGCUACAGUGCCCGUGCUCAUCACCGUGCGGGAUGUCAACGACAACCCACCUGUGUUCGCCCGUGCUGAGUACCGUACCACCGUGAGCGAGAGUGCGCCGCCGGGCACGGAGCUGCUGCGCCUGGUGGCUCAGGACGCCGACUCGGGGCCCCGCGGCCGCGUGCGCUACAGCAUCAGCUCAGGUGACCAGCAUGGCACCUUCCAACUUCAUGAGAGCACAGGGGCCCUAUGCCUGGCACGGCCUCUAGACCGGGAGACUCAGGUGCUGCAUUCUCUCGUGGUGCAGGCCAUGGAUGCACCAGGGCAGCACUUCGCGCUGGUGCCAGUGGCCAUUGAGGUGAAGGACAUCAAUGAUAACAAGCCCUACUUCCCAGUGGAGGUGCUGAGCGCCAGCCUGCGGGAGAACCUGCCGCCUGGCACGCUGGUCACCACGCUGCGUGCCGUCGAUGCAGACACCGGCAUCUUUGGGGAGCUGCAGUACGCCGUGCUGGAGCAGCCGGCAGGGGAGCCUGGCGUGCUGGAGGGCCGGGAUGCAUUUGCCAUCAACAGCAGCUCUGGGGAGCUGCGCUCGCGCCUCACCUUCGACUAUGAGCGGGCCAAGGCCUUCCAGUUGCUGGUGAGGGCUACAGAUGCUGGCAACGCCUCGGCCACCGUGACCGUGCGGGUGCUCGUGACAGGGGAGGAUGAGUAUGAUCCCAUCUUCCUCAGCCCCUCCUUCAGCUUUGAGGUCCCGGAGGGUGCCCGGAAAGGGCAGAGCAUCGGGCGGGUGCUGGCGACAGAUGAGGAUGAGGGGGCUGACGGCGUGGUGCUCUAUUCCCUCGCCAAGCCCUCGCCUUACUUUGCCGUCAACCAGACCACAGGCACCAUCUACCUGCGGGUGGACAGCCAGCCGCAGGCUGGGGGUGGGCGCGACGAGAGCUCCCUGCGCAAACCCUUCCCCGCCAAGCCCAAGGCUGAGCCCAAGCCUCGCAUCGACCCCCCGCCCCUCAUCACUGCUGUGGCCCACCCAGGCGCCAAGUCCGUGCCCCCCAAGCCGCCGGCGAGCAGGACCUUCCCGCUCCCGUCCUCCCUGCGCCGCUCGCCCAUCAGCCACGAGGGCUCCAUCUCCUCCUCCGCCAUGUCACCCAGCUUCUCCCCCUCGCUGUCCCCGCUGGCUGCCCGCUCCCCUGUCGUCUCGCCCUUCGGCAUCUCGCAGGGUCCCUCCGCCUCUGCCAUCAGUACCGAGCACUCGCUGGAGCCCCCUGAGGAGGCUGAGCUCAGGAUUUAG